AUGAAUCCUUCCUUAAACGCGGUUUUGCAGCCCAGUGUCUCACCCCCCAAUCCUGGGCCCUUCGGUCUCUGUGCCUUCGCAUUAACUGCGUUCUGCAUGGGUCUUUACAACCUGCGUGCAGGUGUUCAUCCCAACGCACCUGGCAACUUUAUUACAGGAACAGCCAUGUUCUACGGUGGUCUUGGACAGGUCAUUGCUGGAUUGCUUGAAUAUCGUAACGGCAACACAUUCGGAGGAACGACUUUUUGCUCAUAUGGACUCUAUUGGAUUUCUUAUGCAACACUGUUGAUCCCUUCCUUUGGUGUGGCUGCAGCCUAUGCGGACUACCCUGAGGACUACAUGACGGCUGUGGGGAUCUAUCUUCUGGGUUGGACCAUUUUCACCUUCUUGAUGUGGACCCUCACUUGGCGUUCCAAUCUGGCUUCUUCGGCCUUGUUCUUUUGCCUCGGUAUGACCUAUUUGUUCAGCACGAUCUCUAGUCUAGCUCAUUUGGCCCCCGGUAAUCUGGUUCAAAAGGCCGGUGGUGGCAUCGGUGUUAUUACUGCCAGUAUUGCGUGGUAUUGUGCAAUGGCAGACCUUAGUAAUUCUCAAAACUCGUUUUAUACCUUGCCCUUGGGUCAAUUGGGUCGUCGGUAA